CUCUGUCAUUCACCAUCGUACACCUCCCAGUUCCGGCAUCUGUCGAGACUCACCCGCUUGUUGGUUCUCCAUGCCAAUAUCUUCGGACGUUCCACUUCGCCCUUGGACAAGUUUCGAUCUCACGCUGAGAUCCUGCGCCUGAAGUGCAGUGGCGCCUUCCGUCAAGCCGCGUUUGUGCAGCUGACCGCUUGCCCAAGUCUGUGGUGAAGGCUGUAGCAACCAUCACCUAAAACAACUUCGCACGAGCCAGAAGACUGGCUGUUCGACAGUCUCCUGUUCUUUUCCCAACUGAUUGCUAUCUGUUAGAGACCUCGCGCCCCCUUUUCUCCUAUGUUACGAGCCCAAUUGUUCGGUUUUCCCCCUUGUAGGUUGAGAGAUUGAGAUGGCAAGAGUCAAGCAGAAGGUGGCCAAGAAGGGUGCUGCAGGUGCCUCAACCCGGGGCAGCCAGGUAGCCAAGCAGAAGAGACACAAAAUCGCUAUUGGAGGGGAUCCCCAAGAGAGGAAACUGCCCACAGUGAUCUCAUUCCAAGAGCGUCCCCCGCCUGGAUAUACGUUCAUUCCCGCCGGAAACCCCGAGCUCACCAGCGCGUUGAAAGAGUUUGCUCGCCGUGGUGACCACAAGAUCUACGCCGUGACGAUCACUCCGCAUGCUGCGCGCCAUGAGUUGUCGCGGGAAGUACAUCGUGUCGGCUUCCAUUUUCCUACAGGGGUUGUCGACCAAGUUUGUGCCCACUACGGUAUCCGCCUAAACAGCGAAGGAAAGGUCGUUGACGAGUCGAAUGACGAGUCCUUUUUCAGCAAAGUGUAUCGCAACACAGACGGUCAACGUCCGGUGGAAGAGAAGGAUCAGAUCACCAUCAACACUGAUGCUAAACAGACCAUCAAAGAUUUGUUCCCCAACAUCCCCAAUAAUGACUUGUACCAGAUCAUUAAGACGGCGUUUCAACUGGGCGAUCGCAGGGUCGGUACUGCAAACGAACUACCACUUGUUCGAAGAGCCCAGCUGUCGGUGGUUGCCCACAUCCGCCACAACUACACCCAAUAUGACAAGUUGUUGAGACAAAUGCCAUACAACGAGGCGCGCCAUAUGGUGGAAAAAGAGACUCUCAUCAAGCUAGUUGAGUGGCGUGGCGGUGAAGACACCACUCUUGAAAGCGCCACGGGUGCCGCAGAUGAUCUCCUUAAAGAGGUUAUUGUCAUCUCUGACGAGGACGCAUCGGAGAGUGAUUCGGACAGUGUUGAACCCUUAGGCCAAGACCGUGUUCAGGUUGAAGAACUCCCGAGCAAUUCCUAUGGUCCUGCCCCUGGUCGACCUAUUUCCCCUUUGCCGCAACUUCCGCCUGAACGAAUGCUGGGCUAUCCACCUGCGGUUCGCAGCUACAGACCCUCCAACGCUGAAAUUGCCCGACGAAAUCAAAGCAGAUAUGCUAUCUGGGAACAAGCUAAGCGGGAUUAUCGCUCGAGCAUCGCUCAGAGACCAGUCACGGUUCUGGAGAGGAUCUACGAGCCUGAACCGCCCCCCGCCCCACGCGUUCUUGUCCCUCUUGACCCUCCAGUCCACUCACCUGCCCAGAUAUUUCACACUCAAGCGCCUCCAACGAGCAUAGCAAGAGCCGAUUACGAGCCACCGAUUAGAAGUCGCCAACCAAGCCCACCGACGUACAUCCGAGACGCGAAUGGCAUUUUGUAUGAACGGAUCGACACUAGGCUCCGUGCAAACCAGGCAGACACGCCACAACACUAUCACAAACAACCUGCACCGGCAUUGAGCGGACCGCAAAUUAGAACGCGACCUUCUUCACCCCAAGACUUCUCCCGUCGGGAAUCGCGAAACAACGCAGAUUUUGACAGAGGUGAUGGUACGAUCCUACCAUCGAUCGAAGGACCUGACGGUUCAUAUAUGUCUCCUCGCUUACGUCGAAAUCCGUUUGAAGCACAUUCCGAGCCUCGUGACACUAACCCAGGGCGGGAAGACGGACGCAACGUGAGGAAUGCUGCCUAUAUUGACUUGACGCAUAGCUCGAGCCAAACACCUAAGAGACGUCGAUUGGACGAAAUGCAACCAGUCCAAGAACGCCGCGUGACCAGAAGAGAGUCUCCCGGCAGGCCCAUUGAACAUCACUAUAUGCCACCUCAGCCGGUUGCUGCCGUUGCUGAAAAUCGCAUAGCGGAUUAUGGUGAGCCGCGAUCCAGCCCACGUCUACAACCGGCAAUUUCUGCCAGGGAGACCGCUUAUGCUGAUCGUCAACCCCUCUACGAUGCUUAUGAUUCUCUGCAUUCUGUUGUACGUCGCUAUGAACCCAUAUCUGCUACUCAUGAGCUUCGUGAGACGACGACGGCGCAGCGUCGUUAUCACUCGCAAACCUUCGUGGCCACUAGCCACAAUGAGGUUGAGUCGAUCCGUCCCACUCGAGAUCUGGGAAAGCAACCGUUGCUUCCACUAGGUCAUGCCUACGAGCCGAUUGGCGAGUCUCGCGCAUAUGACAGCAGGAUUGCUAGGGAGCAGGAGAGGCUCGCCCGUGAACAAUACGUGCAACCGAUUAUGCAAGAGUCUCGUGUACGGUACAUUUAUCCAGAUGGAUCCAAUGGCCGUGAAACUCUACAAUCUUUACCUCCACAGCGCCUGCCUGAGUAUGAUCGACCAACAGCUCCUCUCCAUUCCUAUGCACGCUGAGGGUGGACAAAUUCAAGCACUAUCUGUUCGGAGACGUUACCAAGGGACAUACAUCGCAAAGACACCGGGACGACGGUAAGAUCCAAAGGCAGAACUUUGCUUGAACAUGUAUUCCAUAUUUUCCACUAACAGUGCUGAUCCUUGGUCCAGGUACUGUUGCAAUGCGCCGUUAAGCAAGCAGCGUGCUCAACGUCUGCACACACUCGCCCUCUUGUAGAUGCAUCUCUACUCAGUCACGACUACUUCGCUGCUUCACCAUCAGUGUCAAAAGUAUUGUUUCCUCUUCAUACGAUUUGCGCAUCAAAAUGGGUGGGUACCAUCUGCAUGUUUCUAAGUCGGCGACGGAGUUCUGUGUCAACUUUCGACUGGAGACUGCCAAUGAAUCACGACAGAAUACUAUCAGCUUCUCUUUGUAAUGUUACGCUUGAUCAAGAUACCCACAUAUUUCGGUCACACUGGAUCAUGGUCGGAGGCAUUCAGAAUGGUGUUCGGGCCGGAUCAUUGCUCUGGCUUCUUGUCUACAUCUGUGGGAUAAUGAGGGAUACUUGCCUUGGCGCUUUAUCCUUCCGAGGUUCAAUCUAUGUUGAGUCGUGGAUGGGGACGUUGUCAAACUGCAGAAGACAAUCAGAUAGGACUCGAUGUAAGCGAGACCCAAUGUGAAAAACUUCAAAGUUCA